AUGAGGACAAAUUGGUCAUUUCGUCAAUCAACUCUCUCCCUCUCUUCUUCUUCUUCUUCUUCUUACCACUCAGGCGGUUCCACCUUUGGACUUGAAGCGCUGAGGAAUAUUGUAGAUGGGUUUUCAAUAUUUAAGCGAGUUCCAGUGAGAGCCAUGCCAAAACUGAGACAUGUGGCUUUCAAUUUGACUGAUUUUGGGGCAGUGGGUGAUGGGGUUACUUUGAACACUGAGGCCUUCGAGAAGGCUGUGUUGGCUAUUUCCAAGCUGGGCAAAAAAGGCGGUGGUCAGCCUAAUAUGCCUCAUGGGCGCUAG